GGCGGAGGCGGAGGGGAGGGUAGAGGGUUGGUGGAGCUGGAGGAAGCUCGGGCGACGAUUCGGAGGAGGCGGGCGGCCCAUGCCCCAGGCCCCUCCCAGGCUGCGAGUCUCCCGGCUGCAGGCGGAUGGAUGGGGCGUCUCCAGGCGGCGGCGGCAGCAGCGGAGGCGGCGGCAGCGGCGGCGGCUAUGGUGUGGUGGCUCGAUUCUCCCAGUGCCUGGCAGAGUUUCGGACGUGGUUAAGAACCAACUGGUUGAGGUUCAAUGCAGACAAGACGGAUGCGAUGCUGAAAAUGUGCAUCAGAUGUUUAUGUUUAAUUGGUUUACAGACUGUCUCUGGAUUCUUUUCCUGUCAAAUUACAAGCCAUCUGUUGAGUCUUCAAGUCCAGGAGGCUCAGCAACAUCAGAAGACCAUGAGUUUGAUCCAUCAGCUGACAUGCUGGUUCAUGAUUUUGAUGAUGAGCGAACAUUAGAAGAAGAAGAAAUGAUGGAAGGAGAGACAAACUUCAGUUCUGAAAUAGAGGAUCUUGCGAGGGAAGGCGACAUGCCAAUCCACGAGCUUCUCAGCCUCUAUGGUUAUGACAGCACUGUUCGGUUACCUGAAGAAGAUGAGGAGGAAGAGGAGGAAGAGGAAGGUGAAGAUGAUGAAGAUGCUGAUAAUGAUGAUAACAGUGGCUGUAGUGGGGAAAAUAAAGAAGAGAAUAUAAAGGAUUCCUCGGGUCAGGAGGAUGAAACUCAGUCUUCCAAUGAUGAUCCCUCACAGUCUGUUACUUCCCAAGAUGCUCAGGAAAUAAUCCGCCCACGUCGAUGUAAAUAUUUUGAUACAAAUAGUGAAAUAGAGGAAGAAUCUGAAGAAGAUGAAGACUAUAUUCCCUCCGAAGACUGGAAAAAGGAAAUCAUGGUGGGCUCCAUGUUUCAAGCUGAGAUUCCAGUUGGUGUUUGUAGAUACAAAGAAAAUGAAAAAGUGUAUGAAAAUGAUGAUCAGCUUCUGUGGGAUCCAGAAUAUUUACCAGAAGAUAAAGUGAUUGUCUUUCUUAAGGAUGCAUCUAGAAGAACAGGGGAUGAGAAAGGUGUAGAAGCAAUUCCUGAAGGAUCUCAUAUAAAAGACAAUGAACAGGCUUUAUAUGAGUUGGUUAAAUGUAGUUUUGAUACUGAGGAAGCCUUGAGAAGAUUGAGAUUUAAUGUCAAAGCAGCUCGAGAGGAAUUAUCUGUGUGGACAGAGGAAGAAUGUAGAAAUUUUGAGCAAGGACUGAAGGCCUAUGGAAAAGAUUUUCAUCUGAUUCAGGCUAAUAAAGUCCGAACAAGAUCAGUUGGUGAAUGUGUAGCAUUCUAUUACAUGUGGAAAAAGUCUGAGCGUUAUGAUUUCUUUGCUCAGCAAACAAGGUUUGGAAAAAAGAAAUAUAAUCUUCAUCCUGGUGUAACGGAUUACAUGGAUCGCCUUUUGGAUGAAAGUGAAAGUGCUGCUUCUAGCCGAGCACCAUCCCCUCCCCCCACUGCCUCAAAUAGUAGCAACAGCCAGUCGGAGAAAGAAGACGGCACUAUCAGCAAUAGUAAUCAAAAUGGUGUGUCAUCUAAUGGACCAGGAGAAGUACUAAACAAAGAAGAAGUAAAAGUUGAAGGCUUACAUGUUAAUGGACCAACAGGUGGAAAUAAGAAACCACUUCUUACAGAUAUGGACACUAAUGGUUAUGAAGCAAAUAACCUGACCACUGACCCAAAACUUGCCCAUAUGACUGCAAGAAAUGAAAAUGAUUUUGAUGAAAAAAAUGAGAGACCUGCCAAAAGGCGGCGGAUAAACAGCAGUGGGAAAGAAAGUCCAGGCUCAUCUGAAUUUUUCCAGGAAGCAGUCUCACAUGGGAAGUUUGAGGAACAUGAAAACACAAAUGACUAACUCUUAGGCCUAUUUCACUUUCUUUGCAGUAAAGUCUGGUUUGACUACAAUUUUCAGGGUUGGGGGGUGACCUUUAGAAAGCUGAUUUCCUUGAAGCAGUUGGUUAACUCUUGAAAUUUGAAUUAAGCCCUUCCUAACUUUAUGAAAUGGGAUUCAUAAUUCUACCUUUUGCAAGUUCUUUUACUUCAAAAUUUUGAAGCCCUCUUUAAGGAUAUAAAAACAGUGGUAAAUUUGAAUGAUCCAAAGACUUAACUGCACCUUCUCCUUUGAAAAACAAAUCAUAUAUUUGAUUAAAAGAUAAUUUUCCUUAUUCUUUAUGAGGAAGAAAAAAGUUUGUGUUUCUGCUCAACACCAAUUUUUUUAUUAUCUAGAAAUGUCUUUACAACAGACAUUUUUCUCUUCAUACAAAUUGAACAUCAUCACUAAGGAAACCCUCAUGAAUCCUGAAGGUUAUGCUAGCAUGAUUUUUAUAUGUAGAAGUUUAAAAAUAAACCAAGUCAGGUUUGUAUUUGUAAAAUUGUUGACAUCAAUGAUGUCUUUCCAUAUUCUUAUCUGGGCUUAAGAAAUACAUUCUGUAUUUUUCCAGAUUCUUUGUAGCCUUUGAAAGAUUUUUACAGUACAUAUGUCUUGACUGAGCUGUCCUUUCUUAAUACAAAAAGCUUGUAUAAUUUUCUUAACUUGUACAGUUGGUAAACUUUUAUGAGAGGAACUGAUAUUCUGAGUCUGUCAGCUUUCAUUUUAUUUUGCUAAGAUUUUUCUAAUAAAUUUUUAAGUGUGUGUGUAGUUAACCAAGUCAUGUUUCUUAUCCAGGUGGUAAAAGCAUUCAUUAAGAAUUAUGAACAUGUGUUAUUUUCAAACUUCUACUUACUGACAAAUAAUUUGGGACUUCUAAAUUUCAGCAUGAUACUCAGAUUACAAGCUUGUUUGCAUUUGCUAUAUUUUAUAAAUUUAAUUUUGAAGCAAAACAAAAACUUACUGUCAGCUUAAGUGCGUAGAUAUAUUGUUCCUGUUCAGUUACUCUCAUGUGCCCUAUAAGAUUUCUCAUUGUUUCCAUUAAGUCAACAGAAAGGGAAGGCCAGGUGAUGUUGCGAUAUUGCUACAUCUAAGGAGUAACUGUUGACAGGUAGCAAUAUUCAUUUUUAUGAGAAAAUAAUGGUUUUAAGAAUUUUCAGAUUUUUCCAAUUGUAAUCCAGUUUGUCAGAUUUGAUACUGUUUUUCCAAAAUGAAACACCGUACAAAAUAAUCAUUGUUCUGUGUGAUUUUUAAAAAGGGUUAUCUGCACUAGCCUUGUAAGGAUGGGUGCCAUUUUAUUUUUAGUGCAAAAUUCUUCUUACAAAAUGUAGUUUUUUACAGCUGAUAGACCUAUCUCCAGACUGUUUUUUAGUGAAUGAUUAUUAACUAUCUUUUCUCACACAGGCACAUCCCCAAAUGCUGCUUUCAGUUUGAUCUCAGCUAUCAGUUCAAGAGCCAGUGCUUUCAAAGGCAGAUUUGUGGUCCUUUUACUGGUCCUUUUAGCUGUCUGAUGCAGGUUGGGUAAAGAAUUGCACUGAGAAUGAUUGCCCAGGCCUCUCCCUCAGAGUAUUCUUAUAUCUGUCCAGACUGCUUCCCUUGACCAAUGGGAACAACCUUUUCUUUCUCCCAAUCAGUAUUGGAAGCUACUUUGACAGUGCAUCAUAUAAUAUGCGUUUACUGUUUUUGCAGAAAUAUUCCAGUAAGUCAGUUUCAGAUGGAAGUGCUGAGAAGCAUGAGAGGGUUUUGUUUGUUUGUUUUAUUGAAAACUGUAAUUUAUGCAGAAUGGCAGUAGGUCAGGUAGCUUUAACAGAUGGUCAUAGCCUCUAUCUCCCUGCCCACGCCCACCCAUUUCUGUUUUCUUUCUUUUUUUCCUUUUUUUUUUAAAUGAAAAACAAACAAAAACAAAAGCAGAGUCUCCCUGUGUAGCCCAGGCUGGCCUGGAACUUAGCAGUCCUCCCUCAGCCCUCUAAUGCCGAGAUUAGAGGUGUUUCCCACCACACCCAGCAACAAUCCAUUUUCUAAAGCAGAUUUUAUUAAAUGAGUCCAAACCAUCCUAGCUCUUUGUCACAGAUGGUCUCUAGGAAUGAGUUUUUGAAAAAAAACGGUGAUGCUGUGCUUUUUAAUCAUUAUACUAUUAGAGGUGUCAGUGCACCUUUUAAAGGCCGCAUCUGCUGGGCAAGUUCCUAGAGCUCUUGAAACUGUUGUUACAGGAACAUUUUAAGGAAAUUCUCAGGCAUAUUGGCAAUGUUCCAGGUGUAUAAGUGGUCAUAAAUCUUACUUUUCUUUUUAAAGUACACAUAAUGAAACAUUCCUCUAAUACAUGAUGCUCAACUUUUCCCAACUAUAUUGUUCUGUGUUUGUACAGGUAUCUCACCCUUUGUUCAAAAAUGCAGCCUCUGAAACUUAAGUCACUGCACUUCUAAACAAUUUGGCAAUAUCAUGAGUAAUUUGCUUAAGAUUCAGUAUAUCUCAUAACUCUUGAGCACUUAAGUAAUUGAGACGAGAAAAUAAGCCUUCGUGGGUAGGGAUGUAGCUCAGUUGCUUGAAUGUUUGCCCAACGUGCAUGAAGCCUGGGUUCCAUCCUCAAUGCCACAUAAACUGGGUGUGCUGGCACACACCUGUCAUCCAGCACUUGGGAGGUAGAGGCAGGAGAAUCACAAGUUCAAGGCCAUCCUCAACUACAUAGUUUGAGGCAGGCCUGAGAUACCUGAGAUGCUGUCUCAAACAGAAAUGUCUGUUGGUAGUUAUUUAGGUCCUAGCCAAGCACUGUCAUUUUCAUUUGAAACAUACAAUGUUAAUGAUGUAUUCUCAGUAAGGUUCAGAAUCUGUAACUCGGUUCAACACAAAUCUGUUGAGCUUUAAAAAAUGUAUUUGAAGUAAUUUAAGUAGGCAUUCAAAAUGGUGAAUUAGAUGUUUUUAAAUUUCUACAUAAUAAUUUGCACUGUAAAAUAUGUCCUUUCUCCCAUUUCCUCCUGCCAUUCUGAUAUACUCAUUAAAAUAUUUUUGUAAACAUA